GCGCUGUGUAACAUUCGCUAGUGUUCGCUCUCCCAACCAAUCAGCAUUCAGCUUUCAAGUCAGAUUCGCGGACGGGGCCCGCAUACAACAUCGGAGGAGCCUAGCGCCAGUCACCGAGCACCUGCCUCUCUUGCCAGUGAACUGUGUUGAAAGAAUAUUAAGAAAACUAAUUUUUCAUCCUCGACCCAUUCCGGACUGUUCCCAAGCAACCUAAGUGCCAAUCGAUCACAAAUACAACGCUCUGGGAUCAAUAGAACAGGAGCGCAUUGUUGUCACUGUUGAACCGGUACUGUACUAUCAAUCCCUGCUAUACACCACAACAUGUCAGGAAGUGGGUCAAGUGUAGUUCAGGAGGUCAAGGCCACCGAAGAAACUGCCAAGGACGUGGUGUUACAACUUGAAAAUGCAUCUACGGUGCAGGAUGAAAAUAAACCUGCCGACAGCGAAGAAAACACCGUUAGUGGAUGUGGAAGGAAGAAUGUAAACAUAACAAAUGUUGGAUCAGUGCCCGGAGAUAGUGAACCCAUGCAACUCACUGAUGGUGGCAUUCCUGAACAGGAAGGGAGAAGCAUGGAUGUAGACGAUAAUCCCGACGCUGAGGAUGACAUAACUAUUCAUGAAAAUGAGGUAUUUGAAUUUGAAAAGGAAGGUGAAAUAGAUGAGGCUGAAGAGUCAUGUUUCAAAAUUGAUAAAGUAUACAGCGUGACGAGUGAACAACACGACGACAUAGAACCAAGCGAAACGAAUGAAGAUAAACAAAGAGAAGAAAAGAGUGAACUAAAUGUAAAUGAAGCGAACGAAUCAGCGAAAUAUGCAGAUAAAGGCGAGCGACUGCAAACUAAAGAUGUAAAGAAAGAAAUCAAGGAAGAAGCAAAGAUGAAGGAAGAAAAACAAAUCAAGCCGAAAGCACCGCGGCCGGCCCUAGCGAAGGUGCCCUCGCUGACUGGUGGGGUUGGGGGAGUCCGCAUGCUGGGAGGGGGGGUGCGAGGCACCAGUAUGCCUCUUAUAGUAAGUAUGGGUGCUGGUAACCCUGGGAUUCCUCUUCUGCCAGCAGGACUUCCACCAGGGCGAUACGUCAUCCUCCCAGGAACCUCAACUACCUCCAAAACCAACAGCUGCGCCACCGUCACUACAAUGUCUGCCAAUUUGACUCCCCGUCUGGCCACCAGUGUUGCUGCGAGCGCCACACGGAACCUUGUUGCCGCGCAGAAAGCUCUCACAACUCCCCCCAAUCCCCCCGCCGCCAUCGUCCCCCAGCCCGCGGGAGGCACCAAGAUGUACACACGUGAGCGCGGCCGCCGUAAGUCAUACACAGCCGGAGAAAAAUUAGCUAUGAUUGAGGCGGUAGAAGCCGGGCAGAGGAAGAGUGUGGUGGCAGAUCGUUUUGGUGUUGCACCCUCUACUCUUGCAUGCAUACUGGCUCAGAAAAACAAAAUACGAGCAGAACAGGACAACCUGGCUCGCCGGCGUGUUCGUCACCCGAAAUAUGCUAUACGAGAUGACUUGCGCGGUAAGGGGACUACUGCUGGCAUGUCCACACUGCGCCUCAGCCCGCCCACAGAUCACCCAUUCACGCACUUUCUCGCCCCACUAUCCGCACCCACACCCACACUACUAGAUACUCAACCUGAAGAGAUAAUUGCAGUUCCAGACCUGGUGGAACGGAUGACUGGUGGGACCUCUGGCGGCAGCUCCUGUAAGGCUGAUGGUUCCGGUGAUGGAGACGAUGACGACGGCAGCAUGGGGAUAAAUCUCUUGGACACGGAGACCUCGAUGGAGCCUUCUGAGUACCUGCACGACCACCACGACAUGAAGAGCCGAGUCUUCCACCAAACCACACAGCUCGCCCCUGAUGAUGUUGGGGAUGACACUACAACACAGGAUACCUCAGGUACACCAUCCUCGCCCACUCCCAGUAACCAAGGUUUAGUUGGACCAUAUCUCCUGAAGAAGGAGACUCACUGUUCAACAGUGUUGGAUCAGCUACUUAGAGAUGAUACCUACACUGAUGUAACACUCACAGCUGAGGGACAGAGUUUAAGAGCACACAGGGUUGUCUUGUGUCUGGCCAGUCCAUACUUCCGUCAAGUUUUGAGUCGUGAGUUAAAUAUACAGAGCGUCGUCCUUCUGCGGGAUAUCAAGUUCGCUGAAUUACGCAACAUCAUUCAUUUCAUUUAUACAGGAGAAGCUACAGUAGAUGCAUCAGAGCUUGAAUCCUUCAUGAGAACAGCUGAAAUGCUUGAGAUUUCAUCACUGUGUGAAGGUCAGAAAUGUAUAACAGGUCGUGGUAUGCAGCCACAUGGCAGCUUCAGCUCAGGGUUUAGUAUUGCUGACUUUGAACGGCUUGUUGGAACUAAAAGAUCAAGAAAAGAAACCUCACCCACUCCAAGCAAAACCCGGAGAGUUUCAGGUGAGGGUCAAUCUUCUAGGUGUUCAUCAGCUGAACCAACAGCCACCAACAACCCAUUAUCACUCAUAAAAGAAGAACCUGACUGUGAGAAUAAUACUACAUUUCAGAAAAAAAAAUCCAAAAGUUUAAAAGAGAAAGAAUUGAUAGAUAUAGAAGAAACAAAUGAAGAAGCAGGUGGGGGUGGAAGAACAAGAAGAGAAUCCUCUGGGUCUGUGGGAGGAUUUGCAGCCAUUGCAGGUGUUCAGAAGGUUUCAUCUGAUACAGAUGAUGUUGGUGAAGUCUUUCCCUCUACUUCUGAAUCAUCACCAAACUCACAAGGAGAAGAAUCCCAAACACAGAGUCCAGUUGCUAGUGUCUCUGACACAAUAGCUGCUCCGGGAAGAUGUCCGUAUUGCCCUCACCUAACCCAAAAGUAUGAAGGAGUGGCGAUGAUGCGACAUCUACUGGUAUCACAUCCUUGCAAGCCGGCUUUUCCCUGUGACUCUUGUUGGCGUGUGUUUGUGAAGAGAAUAAACUUCAAGAAUCACCAACAGAAAUGCCAGACAUCUCUCAGUUAGGUCUUGUAUUACUAGAGUGUAAACAUGGAGUUCACGAGCUUAUAUUUUACAUAUACAGUAAUCCCUCACCAAUUGUAGGGAUUAUAUUGGAGAAUUCUCCUGCAGUUGGGUUGGCAGGGGCUGGGUCUAAUGGGGAAUAAGGGGUUUAGAGAAAUGACCCCUGUGAAACAUAGCUAAAGUCGUAUAACGAACACCUCACAGUUAAAAAUAAGUACGGGUAUCCCUCCAGUUACAGAAGGUCAAGUUAUGAAAAUUACAAUAAUGGAAUAGAAAAGUGUGAAAAAAAAUUGAGAUAUAGAAGAAAAUUUUGCAUAACAAAAUAUCUUACAGAAGUUUCUGGAGAAGGAAUGGGGAAAAAUAUAUAACUAUUGCUAACUUCCAAUAUUUCACUUCACUAAUUGACUACAUAAGACUGUAUAUAAAGACAUUAAGAACAUUUCUAUACUUCAGUGACAUACAUUAUUUAAAAUGUAAUAGCCAUCUGGGCCAACAGGGAUGAUACAGGAAGGCUGGCACCACUGUACCAGUUACUCAAAGUGCUGCCACAUCCCUUAGGGCAAUGUAUACUAGACUGUCUGUAACAUUAUGAGAGAAAAAACUAUUAUAUUCAAUUUAUUGACACAUUAAGUUACACUGUACUGUAAUGUUGCACCAUUAUGUUUGGUGGCACAGGAGAUGCAACAUUAAUAUAAGGAAAUUUUUUUAAGGAUUUGUGCCACCUCCCUGCCAGUACUGUACACUAAACCAUUGAUGUAUCAAAACUUGCUAUAUUUGUGAAGUGUUUGUCUUAUAAUCAUAAAGAAACUUACACAAGGAUAUUAAUUAUGGGAGAAACUUUACUGUACAAUACCCUAGAAUAUGUCCAAACAGUGGCAACUUAAAUACAAAACACAGUUGAUAGAUUAAAGCGUUCUGGACAAAGUGUCUUUGCAUCCCUACUUGUUUACUUGGCUCUGCACCAACAGUCAUUCAUCUCACAUAGACCUUGUAUCAACUAUCUAAACUUGGCUGUUCUUUUCUGAUUUAUCAGUGCAUCCCUUAUAACCUUAAGUGCAAAGCAAGUACUAAUCCUUUGAGGAUGGUGAUGGCAGCCCUCUGGUCAUUACCCACUAGAUGGGAUAAUAUCAGAAGACAUCAUAAAAUAUUUGAAUUUUGCUUACCACAAAUUUCUGGUUUACACUAUCAAAGGCAGUUACCGGGAGAACAAGUAAAGAAUUACUCCAAUCCCAUGUAGCAACUUCAUGAGUGGACACAUGACUUUCGGAAGCCAACCCACCACCAUGAUCUUCCUCCUCAUCACUCAAAUUCCCCUAAGAUUUAUUACCGUAGAUUCACUUGUCAAACCUUGAGGAAAGUCACUACAAUAUACUCUCAUUUAUUCAACAAAAAAGGGGUUCUGGGUCACUUGGAUUACCGAAAAAUCUUAAUUAACCGAGUUUGGAAUAUUUUGACAUUGUUCGACAAUUUCUGAAUUUUUGUGUUCAAUUAUUCAUUUGCUUUUGUUCAGUUUUUGCACCUUGCCUUGGCUGUCACAUAAAAUAAUUUUGUUAUAAUUACUGUGCAAACAUAUAUAUUUUUUUCUAUGUAUGUACAGUAAUAAUAAAGUAAAUAAUAGAGUAAUAAAUAAAUGUAACACUGCACGGUGAGCUGACAAGGCAAGGAGUGAGGUGAUAGGCGAGAGAUGAGGUAACGAGGUAGGAGGUGCGGUGAUGUGAUAAGGCAUUUACACAGCACAUUGUCUUAUAGCAAUUUAAUAUCUAAUUCUAUUUUAAAAUUAUUUGAUACAUGAUGGCUAGAUUUAGCGACUUUUGCAGUUAGACAACUGAUCAGUGAAUAAACCAGAGCAUAUGGAGAUGCACAACACAUUACAAUAAUAUUUAUUAAGUUCUGAGUGGUAACAACAAUGGUGCUUGAGAGAUGGUGAGUGCUAGCAACAUUGUUAGGGGAAGUAGGAAUGAUCAGCUGUUACUUUUACCUUUUGUCCUCUUUGCCACUGAUCGGCUCAUUAGCCGCUUGGGUGGUCGGUCACAUUUCUGUCAUGCACUGUUGGCAAGUACUGGGUAUGCACUGACUCCUGAAUGUACCUGAACCUGCUCCAGU